GGUCCAGGUAGAAAGAGCAGGGUCACCUGUACCCAGCUGUCUGUCUAUGAAGAGUGAUAGUACAAUGGAUCAUCCAAUCACAUUCAGGGGAGAGUUCGCAGGUGAUCAAAGGGUCCAGGUAGAAAGAGCAGGGUCACCUGUACCCAGCUGUCUGUCUAUGAAGAGUGAUAGUUCAAUGGAUCAUCCAAUCACAUUCAGGGGAGAGUUCGCAGGUGAUCAAAGGGUCCAGGUAGAAAGAGCAGGGUCACCUGUACCCAGCUGUCUGUCUAUGAAGAGUGAUAGUUCAAUGGAUCAUCCAAUCACAUUCAGGGGAGAGUUCGCAGGUGAUCAAAGGGUCCAGGUAGAAAGAGCAGGGUCACCUGUACCCAGCUGUCUGUCUAUGAUGAGUGAUCGUUCAAUGGAUCAUCCAAUCACAUUCAGGGGAGAGUUCGCAGGUGAUCAAAGGGUCCAGGUAGAAAGAGCAGGGUCACCUGUACCCAGCUGUCUGUCUAUGAAGAGUGAUAGUUCAAUGGAUCAUCCAAUCACAUUCAGGGGAGAGUUCGCAGGUGAUCAAAGGGUCCAGCUAGAAAGAGCAGGGUCACCUGUACCCAGCUGUCUGUCUAUGAAGAGUGAUCAUUCAAUGGGUCUUCCAAUCACAUUCAGAGGAGAGGUCACAGGUGACCAAAG